AAUAGCAGGAUGCACAAGUAAAUAAGAAAUCAAUAGAUAAACUAGAGUCCUUAUGUUUUUCAGAGAUUUUUCUUGUUUAACCCUGAUAUAACAAGACAAACUAUUCCUGUUCGUGGGAAGGGCUUAGUGCCAUUAUGUCUUUGGGGAAUUGUAAUCAGAGAAGUGGUCUGUAGCUUUAGUGCGGUUCAUGGGAUCGUGUGCGAGGUCCCUGCAGGCUCUGCCAUCUCAGAUUGAACAUCACACCUCGGUGUACUGCUCCCUGGUGUCCCCUCAGUGAGCCCUGAUAUGGCUCCGCUCGGUGCUGGUAUUUGCCUUGUUUCCUCCCUCUCCGCUCCCAGAUGCCCCUCUUAAAGCGCCAGCCGUGGGGAACUGGAGCGGAGGGCCUGGGACUGCGGUCAGCAGCAAAUUAGAAGGGCUGCCUUGGACCUGACGCAAUCCCCACCCCUUGAACCAUAGCAGGUCAUUAAUGAAGCCAGACGGGGCCGUGCAUGCGUGGGAGGCCCGCCGACAUUUAGCUGCUGCAGUGGAAAGCUUUUAAAGAGAACCAGAGGUCCAUGUCAGGGCUGCCUUUUGCUAUCAAAAUAUUUUAGAAUUGGAUAUCCAUUACUCUGCUGGCAAAGAACAACUCAUGAGAAAAGGCCAAUUUUUUGUCCGCCUUCAUUACAGACUUACAGACUUGUGGAAGUCUGGAGCUCCAAAACCUACAACAGGCAGUAUAAGGCUGUCAGUCAAGUCAUAAAUAUUACUGAGUGCAUCAAUUAAUUAUACUACAGAGUGCUGCAGGAUUUUGACUUCACUUCUGGAGGUGAUUUCGCACUUCCGGUUCCCGGGCUCCAAGUCAAUGGGUUUUUUUGGUUAGAUCAGGGGUCUCAAACUCAAAUUACCUGGGGGCCACCAGAGGCAGUAUCAAAAUGACCAAAAAAAGACACAAAAUUACAAAAAAAAAGCACAAAAUGACCAAAAAGACACAAAAAUUACAAAAAAGACACAAAAUUACAAAAAAGACACAAAAUUAUUUUAAAAAGACACAAAAUUACCCAAAAAAGACACAAAAUGACCAAAAAAAGACACAAAAUUAUUUUAAAAAAAGACACAAAAUUAUUAAAAAAGACACAAAAUUAUUUUUAAAAAAGACACAAAAUUAUUAAAAAAGACACACAAUUAUUAAAAAAGACACAAACUUACAAAAAAGACACAAAAUUAUUUUAAAAAGACACAAAAUUACCCCAAAAAGACACAAAAUUACCAAAAAAGACACAAAAUAAUUUUUAAAAAAGACACAAAAUUAUUAAAAAAGACACAAAAUUAUUAAAAAAGACACAAAAUGACAAAAAAGACACAAAAAUGACAAAAAAAGACACAAAAUUAUUUUUAAAAAAGACACAAAAUUAUUUUUUUUAAAAGACACAAAAUUAAUAAAAUAGACACAAAAUUAUUUAAAAAGACACACAAUGAGACAAAAAGUUAUCAAAAAAAGUAUUAAAAAAAAUAUCGUCACAGGGGCCUCUAUUGGCCUGCGGGCCGCGAGUUUGAGACCCAUGCUUUAGAUGAAAAUAGAAAUGGCAAAUAGAGAAUCAAUUAAUUACAAAAAAAAUUUUAAAAACCCUAAAAAGUAAAAAAGAAAAGAAAAGAAAAGAACUUUUUGGAUAAAACAAAUAAGACCUGAUAUUUCUUUUUUAUUUACAGUACAAUUAAUUCAAUUUUUGAGUGCUCUAAUAAUCUUUUACUGCUGUUAAUAUCGGACAGUCUGAGAGCACAGCAGUGAUUUUCUUAUCAGGAAAUUUAUAUUAUCUCUUCCUAUCUGGCUGAGCAUACUUUGCCAGUUUAUAAACAAAUCCGAGCCUGUUGAAAGAGGGCUGCUGCUCAGCUUUAACAGCGAGAUAAGUCUUUUCAGUGAAAUGUAAAAUGAACUUUGUGUAACCUUCACGCCAGACAAAGCAGGACAAAAUGGAAGCAGGAAUUCCCUGAAAGUCCACCCAUUUUAUGGACGAGAGGCAGACGUUGGUGUGUUGCACAGAGGAGUGCCUGUGGUCUAAAUUUAGAUGGUUCCAGACCAGCGGACCUUUGGAAUCCUAAAAACCUGCAGAAAGACACAUCUUACGUACAGUUUUCAGAAUGGGAAAGCACAGCGCCGAAUCUCCACUUCCACGGAUUAAACUGCAAAUGUCAUCAGUUUCUCUCAACAUCCCUCAAAAUCAAAUACAUCUCCGUCUACAUUUUAAAGAUAGAUGUUUUUUCCCUGUUUUUGCUCUCAAUAGAUGGUUCCGUGGUGCGACCGCAGAACGGUUUGCAGCUGGACUCAGACCUAUUUCUGAGCUGAUGUCGACAGAGCCAGAGCCCAAAGGCAGCAGCGGGGGAAACCAGGCGACCUGACCACACUCCAACUGGCCCGGCUGCUUCCAGGAACACAACUGCACAGUGUUCUCCUCAAUUUAUGGCCGUUUAAUUCAGCCAGCUAUGCAUAACAACAAGCUACAAAGAGUGGGACAGAGUUUGGCCUGCACAUGAUAAACAGAGAUAAUAUUCCAGGGAACUAUUUGGCGCUGCAGGCCCGGAGUUCAACUUUUUCACAAAUUACACGGUUUCAAGAUCUUGGAAUAACCUUUCAGAGCUAUUUUUUAGCUCCAUACUUUGGACUGCAGAACUGUCAAUGACUUUGGCAUAAAUCUUAAGAGGAGAACUUGUUCAGUUGCACCAUUCAGUGGAAGUAAAGGCACUCCAGACGUUGUUUAAGGUUGAUUUUUUUUUUUUUAAAGAAGCCUUUUUUGUGACCAUGAAUCUUCAGGAGAAGCUGUCAGGCCUGAAAGGUCUGGUCACACACUCCCACAGCAAGCGCCGCUAUAAAGGCGACCUCACGUUGGACAUGAUCAGCCCUCCGCUGGGGGACUUCCGCCACACGAUGCACGUGGGCCGCGGUGGCGAUGUGUUCGGGGACACCUCGUUCCUCAGCAACCACGGCGGCACCGCCAACGGGAACAACGGGGAAACGGAUUCUAUCUCCACCCCCGACAACAAGAUCGGGGCGUUCUUCUCCAGGACACUCCGUCAAAUCAGGAGGGGCUCCGACAACCGGCCCACGGGGGGGCCCAAGGACCUGUCGCCACCGCCGCCCGUCGUUUCUCCCAUCAUCAAGAACGCCAUCUCCCUCCCCAGGCUGGAUGUGGAUAUGCCCAAUGGGAGUCCCACCACCAAAGUGCUCUUCCCAUCCAGUUCUCAGAGCACGCCCGAGGAGAAGAAAAACCCUUAUGGUUUGGAGUCUGGUUUCGUCACUCUUCCUCGUCUCUCUCGCUCUGAGCGUCAGCAGCCGUCCAUCUCCUUCCCCACCUCCUGCUCCUCUAACCUCCACCGCGGCUCCCUGACCGACCCCACCGACGCCAUCUUAUCCAGCUGCUCCACCUCCAUGGUGACCUCCGCCCCCAAAGCCUCCUGCACCGCCUACUCCGACUCCCUCCCCUCCCUCACCUCCCUGGACACCUUCACCUUUGACCUCGGCCCCUCCCUCAUGAGCGAGGUGUUCGGCCUCAUCGACGGCCACCCGGAGGAGCACGGCCAGGCCUGGGAGGGAGAGGAGGCGGGCUCAGCGUGCGGGCUGACCAAUGAGGGGUCGGAGAUGGACUCGGCUACGAUCUCGUACGUUGACUCCCUGCUGAGGGAGGACUGCGGGGGCAGGAAGAGCCCGCAUGGCGUCGAGUGGGAGGAGGACGAUGGGACGGAGGUGAACAGAGUCGGGCUUUCUGUUAAAGCACCUGAUGUGGUGAUGGGGUCUCCUGAACGGGUGAGGUUGGGGGUUGGGAUGGAGAGCGAGCGCUUCCAGAGUGCUACAGACGUGCUCGCACGCCACUACGGCGUCAGCCCCUUGAAAGGACAGAGCAGGAUGGAGGUCGCUGAGUCAGACAUGAUGAUCAUCAGCCAGCCAAAGAACAAAAUGUCCUACAACUACAUGGACGACGAGGAUGAAAUCAAAGUCUGAGCUGAGAUAUUUUCAUACUAAAAAAUAUGCGCUGAAAUACGUGCCACCAGAAACUGAAUUUGAAUUGUUUACGUUUGAAUUUGAAUUGCUUAACUUGAAUAAUUGCAUUAAAAAACUGAAUUUGAAUCACAUAAUUUGAAUUUGUACAGUUCAAUUUGAAUCACUCAUUGAAAAACUGAAUCUGAAUUGUAAUUUAAAAUUUAAUUUAUUAGUUUGGAACUGAAUAUUCAGUUCCCACAAUUCAAAUUUAGCUCGAAAAAUUCAAUUUUGAUUUUCUGUGAUGAACAUCCAGGUAGUUGAGGCAGAGCAAUCGAGCGCAGAUACACAGAGCGCCUCUUCGGCCAAUCAGCACCUCCGUUUUCUUUUGUAACAUUUGUUACCACCUGGUUGCCAUGGCGCCUCUUCGGCCAAUCAGCACCUCCGUUUUCUUUUGUAACAUUUGUUGCCACCCGGUUGCCAUGGCGCCUCUUCGGCCAAUCAGCACCUCCGUUUUCUUUUGUAACAUUUGUUGCCACCUGGUUGCCAUAGCGCCUCUUCGGCCAAUCAGUGCAUCCGUUUUCUGCGCUUGAUUGCUCUGCCUCAACUACCCGGAUGUUCGUAGCAGAAAAUUGAAUUUGAACUGUGAGAACUGAAUGUUCAGUUCCAAACUAAUAAAUUAAAUUUCAAAUUACAAUUCAGAUUCAGUUUUUCAAUUAAAUGAUUAAAAUUAUACAAUACAAAUUCAAAUUAUGUGAUUCAAAUUCAGUUUUUUUAAUGCAGUUAUUCAAGUUAAGCAAUUCAAAUUCAAAUAUAAAUAAUUCAAAUUCUGUUUCUGGUGGCACAUAUUUCAGCCCAUAAAAAAAACUGUCUUCUCUGUAAUUCCAAUCAUCUGAAAUCUUUUUUUGUGGUCGACGAGGCUGGUUCUUUUAACAGGAUGACCAUGAAAGCUACACACUACUAUCCCCAAAAUAUAGGAUCCUUUACUUUUAUACAAUCAUGCUUUAAGGAUGUACAGUUUUGCCAAACUAUUGCUGAAUGUAUCUAAAAGAAGAGCGAUGCUGUACGUUUUCAAGCCCGCCGUUGGAAAAAUGAGUUGCUCAUGUGUUGCUUAAUCUCAUCUCUUGAGGUCAGUUUGAGCUUCUCAUAUUCGUAUCAUUCUGUGGUCAUUUGUUUCUGAAUUACUUCUCCUAAGGGACCCUUAUCAAGAUAAAAUCACUUUGAUUUAGAAGUGUUAGAUAAUUUAUGAGUUAAUUUCUUUUUUUUUAAGUGUUCAACAUGCAUAUUUCUAGAUUUAACCAUCUUAAUUCAAGAAAUCUUGUUUUCAAGUGAAAUUAUCUGUCCAUGCAGCAAGAUUUAGAUUUAGAUUUUGUGUUUUUAUCUUGCUUUUAUGCUGCGUUUGAUUGCACUUGGAACUCGGAAAGAUCUGAGUUGGAAAUUCCGACUUCUGAGGUAAAUGCGUUUCAUUGCUCAACCUCGGAAAACAUGGCCGGCCACAGCAAAUUGAUGUUUGUUUGGAUGUCUUUCGAGCAUUUUGGCGCCAUUUUGCUUUGACAUUUUCCAUGUAUUUCCGACCUACUCGGGCUGCUUGGAUCCUACCCAAAUUCCCAAGUCUGAAUCCCGAGUUCAAGAGCUCAGAGGUCGCAUUAGCAUUAGCAUUAGCAUUAGACACCACUUUUUUGCAGUGUAGGAGCAAAAGAUAAGCUAAAAAGAGAAAGGACAUCACUAAGACAAAGGAGGUUGAGUUAAGGAAACCAGUUGUAGCCCCUGAUCUCAAUUAUGUCUCAAUUCAAUUCUCCUUCAAAAUAACGGAGACAUAAUUGAGAUCAGGGGCAAACAACUAUUAGAUCUCCUUCUCAAGUAUUUUUGAAUGGUUUUCUCAACUCAACCUCCUUUAUCUUAGUGAUGUCGUCUCUUUUUUAGCUUAAGGGUCUCUUAGGAGAAGUAAUUCAGAAACAAAUGAUCACAGAAUGAUACGAAUAUGAGAAGCUCAAACUGAUCUCAAUAGACGAGAUUGAGCGACACAUGAGCAACUUGUUUUUCCUAUGGGCAAAAAGAGAGGGAGAUGCUUUAUUUUAAAAAGGUCGAGACUUCAAAGAACUGACAAAAAGAGGAAGCAUGGAUGAGCCAGAGAAUGUGGUUGAGAUCGGCAACAUUACACAGUGUAGAAGUUACAAACCCUGUCUUUCACUUUAUACUCUUCACACUUCCUCAAACAGGAGGGGGAAAAUAUUCUCUGUGUGAGUCCCGGUGACUAAAUGAGACAGGAAGUGGAGAUUUUAGAUAAACAGAUUUAAUCAUAUUACAACCUUUUGGCCUAACUACAAUCUCCUGUCAACUCCUUUCACUCAGGAAUACACGACCAGGAAACACAAAGGGAAGAAAAAAAAGAAGAAAUCUCAGGCCAUAUUAGAUAAACCAGAGAAACAAAAAACAUCUCAGUUAUUAAACUACAUGGAUUAAGGGAAUAUGAAAAGUUGUACUGGUAUUUGCUAGUUGAACCUAAAGCUGAAUCAUAUAAUUGCUCAUUUUAUGCUGCAGACCUUCUAUAUAGAGACUCCGUGCACCUUUUUAUGAUUAUGAAGUCCGACUCCUGUAUUGCUUUUUUGAAGAAUUGUCAUUUAUAUGUUCUUUUAUACAACUGUACAUGAAGAUAUUAACUGACCUCCUAUAAAUAUGUACUUCCAGUAUGAGCACCUGCAGUACAUAGUGCAAUUCACAUCCAUAUGCUGCAGUCAAUACCAAUGAUAUAUUAUGAUGAUAUUAAUUGACAAUAAAGAUGUUUCUAAUUA